AUGUCGUCCAACAAGCACAGAUGCGAAGUCGACGGCGAUGGCGACGACGCUUGCUGUACUAUAGAGGGCCAGUCUGCGACGCGCUGCCCCCCUCGCCUCCUCCCCUUCCUUCUUGUUGCUUUCGCUCCCUCAUCUACCGUUCUGCACAGCAAUGGCGCAGUCAAAGGUCCGCUAAGGCAACGCAUCCAUUUGCGGUGUGCGGAAGCGCCUCUACGGUGGGAGCCAUCAGACGGCCGCUCUGGCAUCGAGUCCAUGUCCAAGAACAGACGCGGCGAAAGAAACGCCCGGACACUUCGACGGGCAGCUUCGCAGCGCGCGACUUUGCCCUUUCCUUCAUAUACUGCCACCGCCACCACCACCACCACCACUACUACUACUAAUACUACUACUACCACCCCGUCAACUGCUAUAGCGCCGUUCGCGGGCCGGGACGCGCGCAGGCCGAGGGCGAGAAUUAACGUACCGUCACCCACACACACCAACGAUGCGCAGCAGCCACGCGAGCUGCUAAGCGACGUUGACUCGGCCUGCUCGACUCCAACACACGCCUCGUCGACUUUCUCAGCGCCCUCUGCCAUGUCGCGUGCUGGCCACCCCACUGCCCUCAGCGCCCUCACCCCAUUGACCAGCUCAGACUCAUCUCCUCCCGGCAAGCUGCCUAGCCCGCGGUCUGCCAAACCCUCGUAUGAGACGAUGUACGCAGCCUCUGCUUCUGCUCGCCCGCCACCAGCGAGUGCGUCGACCGUCGGCCCGAGCACCAUCACGCCCGUACACACACCGCCUGAGACACGCAUAUCCGUCUUCCCUGCAGACGGUGUUUUGGGUCAGCGACUGACCUACGAUCCCCUCCUCGACCCGAAGCUCGAUAAGAAGGCAAAGCAGAGCAGGACAGCCAAAUACAAUCUCAUACUGGAUAAGGGCGACCCAUCUCCACCUCCAGACCCUCGGCUGGCUAUUGCUGGCUACACCACCGGCAAUCACGUUGUGAAGACGGUGGGCCCGGCGGCUCCCAAGUCGAAACUCCGCAUAGCACCUUAUGUCGCAAAGCCCUACUCGUUUGAUCCCCGCAUCUCAUGUGGACCGGGCCCGGCGACACAAGUCGUGGCAACCGGGUUCGACCCAUUGACGCCAGAUGCGCAAUUGCGUGGCUUCUUCUCCACGUACGGCGAGGUGGAAUCCCUCCGCAAUCAAGUUCAUCCCGACAACGGUAGUCCCCUUGGAAUCUGUCUUGUGAAGUACCGCGACACUGCGCCUGCGAGGGGUGUGACAGGGAUCAAAGCAUCCACCUCCGCGAAGCGCGCUGAGCGAGAAGGGACGAAUCAGCGCAUUGGCCAACACGUAAUCAAGGUUCAUUCGGAUCGCGAGGGACGAAGAUGCGCUAAAUUACUGCAAUUGGCAGUGCAACAGACACGCAAAGAGGAGGAGAAGCUACGAGCCAAGCUUGCUGCAAAAACGGCACACUCAACAGCCCCAACAAACCCUGGAAACUUCGAUCUACCAGCAAAUGUACCCAAAGGCCCAUCUGGCAGAGGUGCGCGACCGCCGAUACCGAUAGCCCGAGAACCACUUACUCGCAAGGCGGCACUGUCGUACCUCAUCGAGAAAGAGCCAAUCAAGCCCACACUCAAGCGGAAGCCAUAUCUCUUCAUUGCGCAUGCCUAUGUGCCCGUGCUUAGCACGACUAUCGACCAUCUCAAGAAGCGGCUGAGAGCUUUUCGCUGGUCAGCCGUACGAUGUGACCCAACCGGAUACUAUGUGUUGUUCGAGGAGUCUAAACGAGGUGAAGAUGAGACGGUGCGGUGCUAUCGCGAGUGUCACAUGCAGGCUCUGUUUACCUAUGUCAUGAACAUGGAGUGCAACCAAUACGGCGAUCCAGACUACGAACGAAGCCCCAGUCCGGAGCGCGUGGUAGCGGAUAACAAGCGAAAAGCCAUAGAAGAUCGGAUAGCUCGAGAAGAGGCGGAAGAUCUAGAAUUGGAGAAGAAGCAGCGGGCAGAUUCGCUGGAUCCUGUAAUGGCAGCUUUGGAAACAAUGAGGCAGGAGCUCCAGGAGAAGCUCCUCAGCGACAUCAAAACUCGUCUGGCUGCGCCCACAAUCUUAGAGUUGUUGGAUCCUGACUUACACAAGGAAAAGCGCCAAAGACUCAACAUCCCGGGCCCACCAAGGAAGGAAGACGAUGUACGACCACCAGCGCUCUUGGCACCUGGUUUGGAGGCAUUCAGUGCCUCGACACCUAGGUCCCGCAAUGCUGGCUUUACUGGUCGAGGCCGAAGGGCACUCGGCGCAUUUGACGGAAACCGACAACGCGGCAAGAAGGCUCCUCGGAUUGUCAAUGCUUUCGCAGACGAAAGAAGAAAGGCGUCUGCUCCUAAACCCAAGAUUGCGCGCGGUCUGCAUCGCCAAAUGAUCGAAAUGUUCGAGCCGGACGAGUCGGACGAUGAGAGACGCAGCGAGUUGACACGCGCAACGGAGGAACAGGAAAGCCGUCCAAUCAGCCGCGCUCCCUCAACAGACGUCGAGGACGAGGAGGAACAAUCGUCCAGGGCUCACCGUGCAAAGAGGCGGCGUAUUGAAACCGGUUGGGGCGAAGACAGCGAUGAUGAGAUGGAUGACUCGCAUGCGAGAAGCCUGCUUGCUCAUUGCAUCCACAAGGAUCCUGAGAACAUGGCUGAGAAAGAGCUGGAACAGGUGCUUGCUAUCCUGCCACGUUCAUCCCCAAUCUGGAAGAAGGCCGACAAAGCAUUGAAGGGCUUCAGGAGACUUAGAAAGAUUGAACAAGAAGCGGACGCAAUCUUUGGCGUGGAAGCAAGCGCGGGUGACAAACUUGAACCCGCAGUAGUCAUCACACAGGAUGACGAAGCGCUCAGAUCGAUUGAGACAACCGAGAUCCCUGAGACAUUCAAGUCCCUCAAGAAGAAACAGGCCGCUGCGAAACCGAAGAAGAAGACGAAGAAGCAGCUUGAAGAGGAGGCAAAGGCCGCAAAAGCCGAGAUCACAGAGCCUGCGAGACCAACAGACGACGAUCCUACUGAGACCAAGGAAGAAGAGCCAAUCAUCGAAGAAGUAGUAAGUGAGGAGACGCCAGAAGAGGACGACCGGACUUCUGUCAACUGGGGAGUAUCUUCCGACAUUCCUCGCAAGACGGUUGAGGACGAUCUAAGCGUGGUGAUGGACAUCGACGGAUGGCAGCAUAUGAUCAAAGACGAAGAGGACCUCAAAUACCUCAAGUCAGCGUUGGCAUCCACACCGGCAGCGAAGAUUGGAGAUGCUCAGAUCUGGGCAUGGAAGCAGAAGUCAAUCAAGCAUCUCAACCGCCCCAGCGGCGAGGAAGGCGUUUCGCGCUCAGAGACCAAAAUCAAGGGAUACUAUGUUCCCAACUCGACAGGUUGUGCCAGAACCGAAGGUGUCAAAAAGAUUCGCGAAUCAGAGAAGUCGAAAUACUUGCCGCAUCGUAUUCGCGUCCAAGAGGAGCGAGAGGAGCGCCAACGCCGAGCGAAACAAGAAGAGCGAAGUGUCAUCUCGGUCGAGGGCUUCAAGUUUUCCACGGGUUCCAACAAGGCCUCUACCGCCAAUUCGCGCGCUAAUCGCGCCAACAACCGUCGCAUGGUCAACGACAUCAACAUCUCGAAGAACAUGUCUGGUGCCGAUGGUGAUGCUCUACGCUUCAAUCAACUUAAGAAGCGAAAGAAGCUCGUCAAGUUUGACCGAUCUGCCAUUCACAACUGGGGCCUCUACGCAGAGGAGAAUAUUGCAGCCAACGACAUGAUCAUCGAAUAUGUGGGUGAAAAGGUCCGGCAGCGAGUCGCCGAUCUACGGGAAGCCAAGUAUGACCAGCAAGGCGUUGGAUCGAGUUACCUCUUUCGUAUUGAUGAAGAUACUGUCAUUGAUGCAACGAAAAUGGGUGGCAUCGCUCGGUUCAUCAACCACAGCUGCACGCCCAACUGCACGGCUAAGAUCAUUCGCGUGGACACGUCGAAGCGUAUCGUCAUUUAUGCUCUUCGGGACAUCAGUCAAGAUGAGGAGCUUACGUACGACUACAAAUUCGAGCGCGAGAUGGACGCCACAGAUCGUAUUCCUUGUCUCUGCGGAUCCAUUGGCUGCAAAGGCUUCCUCAACUAA